AUGCAGUCUCGACGAGUCCAAGUCCUCCUGGCCGCCUGCUGGUCCUCGUCGUGCCUGGCUUCUAGUAUAUCCAACAUCCCCGACUUUGCCACGUCUGAAGCCGGAAAUCCGUUUGUCGACGGCUGGUAUGCCGACCCAGACACCCAAUUCUACAACGGCGAGUACUGGGUGUAUCCAACCUCGUCGCGGCCCUACGACGAACAGACCUACCUGGACGCCUUUUCAUCCCCAGACCUCGUCCAUUGGACGAAGCACUCGAAUAUCCUGACAGCCGACGACUUCACGUGGGCACAUCGAGCGGUCUGGGCACCAGCACCGAUAUACCGCAACGGCACCUACUACCUCUACUUUGGCGCCAACGAUAUCCAGUCAGACUCUGAGCUGGGCGGCAUCGGCGUGGGCGUGGCUGAGCGCCCAGAGGGCCCGUAUACCGAUCCCCUGGGGCGUCCGCUCGUCGACGCAUAUCACAAUGGCGCGCAGCCAAUCGAUCAAGACGUCUUCAUCGACGACGAUGGCCAGGCGUACAUGUACUAUGGCGGACACUCCCACGCCAACAUUGUCAAGCUAAACGACGACAUGAUCAGCCUCGGCACCUUUGACGACGGGACAACGUUCAAGGAGAUUACGCCCGAGAACUACGUCGAAGGACCGCAGAUGCUCAAGCGCAAUGGCGUGUACUACCUCUUCUGGAGCGAAGGCGGCUGGACGGGGCCCGACUAUGCAGUUUCGUAUGGUAUGAGCAGCUCGCCUCUUGGGCCAUUUGAUCGCAUCGCAAAGAUACUCCAGCAGGAUGAAGCAGUGGCGACGGGCUCUGGCCACAAUGCGGUGAUUCAGGUUCCUGAUACAGACAUCUACUACAUCCUGUAUCACCGGCAUCCGUUGGGCUCCACGGACGGGAACGACCGCCACUUGGCCUAUGACAGGCUCUACUUUAACGAUGAUGGCACGAUCGAGCCGGUUAAGAUG